CCAGAGGGAAAUCCAUUCCAGACAACAUAUAUUACAUCUGCUCUGAGAGGUGAGGAUGGCAUCCACGGCAGGUCGACUGGCUCACCAGAAGGAGAGGGAGCAGGGCGUUGGGACCAAACAGCAAGCAGUCAAGUUCUCCAACCAGGAUUAUGAGGCUCUGAGGCAGCAGUGUCUGCAGAGCCAACGCCUUUUUGAGGACCAGCGUUUUCCAGCAGAGUGCAAGUCCCUGGGCUUCAAUGAGCUGGGCCCGUACUCAUCAAACACCAGGGGGAUCGUCUGGAAAAGGCCGACGGAGAUGUGUUCCAACCCAAAGUUCAUCGAUGACGGAGCCACGAGGACAGACAUAUGUCAAGGAGCUCUUGGUGACUGCUGGCUUCUGGCUGCCAUAGCUUCUCUGACUCUAGAUCAGCGGAUCCUGACUCGUGUGGUGCCCCCUGAUCAGAGUUUUAUGAAAAACUAUGCUGGAAUAUUUCACUUUCAGUUCUGGCAGUUUGGCGAGUGGGUGGAUGUGGUGAUUGAUGACCGCUUACCCACCAGAGACGGAAAGCUGCUGUUUGUUCACUCAGCAGAGGGCUCAGAGUUCUGGAGCGCUCUGCUGGAGAAAGCCUAUGCAAAGUUGCAUGGAUCCUAUGAGGCUCUUUCUGGAGGGAACUCCAUUGAGGGUUUUGAGGAUUUCACCGGUGGAAUUGCAGAGAUAUACACUUUACAAAAGGCACCUUCAAACCUCUUUCAGCUCAUUCGGAGGGCGCUGAGCCUGGGCUCACUCCUGGGUUGCUCUAUUGAUAUCACCAAUGCCUAUGAGACAGAAGCAGUUACAGCCCAAAAGCUUAUAAAAGGACAUGCAUACUCAGUUACUGGUGCAGAAGAGGUUGAUUUUCUCGGCAAACAAGUUCAAUUGGUCCGCAUCAGGAACCCAUGGGGAGAGGUGGAAUGGACUGGACCUUGGAGUGAUGGAUCCAGUGAAUGGAAACACAUCAGUGAAGAAGAGAAGCUAAAGCUGAAUCACGUUGCUGAGGAUGGAGAGUUCUGGAUGUCAUAUUUAGACUUCAUCAGGCACUUCUCCAGGCUGGAGAUCUGUAACUUGACCCCGGACGUGUUGACGAGUGACGACGUGCAUCACUGGAACCACUAUCAGUUUGAGGGGAUGUGGAGGGUCGGCGCCACUGCAGGCGGCUGCCGCAAUCACCCGGCCACGUUCUCAUCAAACCCUCAGUUUGUGGUGCGUCUGGACGUCGUGGACGAUGAUCCCGUGGAUGGAGAGGACGGAUGCACCUUUCUGGUGGGGCUGAUGCAAAAGGGUGGACGGCAGCAGAAAAAGUUGUCUCGAAACCUUGAGACCAUUGGCUUUGCCAUUUAUGAGGUCCCAGAUGAGUACAAAGGCCGCAGCAAUGUUCACCUGGGUCCAGACGUCCUGCUGAGGCAGAGACACGUGGCCAUGAGCCACAGCUUCAUCAACACCCGUGAAGUGUGCGACCGCUUCAAGCUCCCUCCAGGAGAAUAUGUGAUCAUUCCCUCCACCUUCGACCCUCACAAGAACGCCUCUUUCAUCCUCAGGGUGUUCUCAGAGAAAAAGGCUGCAACCAGCCCAUUGGAAGAGGAUAUUGAUGCUAAAAUAGAGGAGCCGGAGGUGUCUGAGAGUGACGUGGAUCCUUAUUUCAAGAAAAUCUUCAAGCAGAUUGCUGGUGAUGACAUGGAGGUAUCAGUCUUUGAACUGGUUAAAAUUUUGAACAACAUCGUCUCUCACCGCUCUGACCUUAAGACAGAUGGAUUCAGCCUCGAAACGGGUCGUCUGAUUAUCAGCCUACUGGAUAAAGAUGAAAGUGCCAAGUUGGGACUGAUGGAAUUUCAUUUGUUAUGGAACAAGAUUCAGAGGUACCUGAAAAUCUUCAAGAACCACGAUUCUGACAACUCUGGCACUAUGAGCACCCACGAGAUGAGAGGGGCUGCCAGUCAAGCAGGUUUCCAGGUCAACAGUACCGUACUGCAGGCCAUCGUCAGUCGGUACGCCGAUGCUCAGUAUGCCAUCGACUUUGACAGCUUUGUAGCCUGUCUCAUCAAACUGGAAAUGCUCUUCAGAAUGUUUAAGGUGCUGGAAAGAGGCGACUCAGGGAAGAUCGAGCUGGAUUUGCAGCAGUGGCUGUGCCUGGCGAUCCACUAGAGCUGAAGAAGACACCAACAAAGAGCAUUUCCUGACUUCAUCAGGAAGAGGGAGUUCACUUUCAGAAUUGCUGAAAAUGCCUUACAGACACAUGGGAAUAACAUAUUUUCCAAUGUUUACUUGUCAGCUUUUGUAAAAUGAGAUGGUCAUGAUUGGACACAAUAAAA